UUUACGGACAAAUUAUCUACUUUCUUCACACUGCAUUAAACGCCACCCUUCCCGUCCACACCGCUCCUUCCUCCCAAACCCUAUCCGCCAACCCGCCCUGAGGAAGCCAUUAGAAUUUCCAAUUCCUAAACCUUUUCAAUAUCAAUCUCGUUAUUUCUGUUGCUAUUUAGGGAUGAUCUCCUGCGCCUGCUUGUUAUCGCUGGCACCUGCUGUUUGCAGGCUGCAAUUAACCCCAACACUUCCAGUCUUCCGGCUUAAGGUUUCUCCGCCCUCUCUCCUCCGGGCCAUCUCAUCCCCUGCUAUUUCUGAGCCGGGUGCCAACGCUUCAUCUUACGGAGAGAUAGUGACUCCCAAGCCCCAAUGGAAAGCUGCCAUUGACUUGAAAUGGAUCCGGGAUAAUAAGGAUUUGGUCGCCACCAAUAUUAGGAACAGAAAUUCGACAGCCAACUUGGAGCUUCUCCUUGAGCUCUAUGAGGAUUUCUGCAGCCUUCAGAAGGAGGUUGAACAAAUGCGAGGAGAAAGAAACAUAGUUGCUAACAAAAUGAAGGGAAUAUUGGAUCCUUCUGAACGUCAGGCUCUUGUAGAGGAAGGAAAGAAUCUAAAAGAAGCCCUUGCUGCAUUAGAAGAUGAUCUAGUUGUGCUUACUGAUAAGCUACAACUGGAAGCACAAUUAAUACCAAACAUUACUCAUCCUGAUGUUCCUAUUGGGGGUGAGGAGGACUCUGUCGCGAGACUUAUGUUUGGAAGCCCUCCAGAGUUUAAAUUUACUGCUAAGGAUCACAUACAACUAGGAAAGGAGCUUGAUUUAUUUGAUUUUGAUUCUGCAGCUGAGGUAAGUGGAGCAAAGUUUUACUACCUAAAAAAUGAGGCUGUUUUAUUAGAAAUGGCUCUUAUCAACUGGGCCAUAUCUGAAGUUUCUAAAAGGGGUUUUACACCUCUAAUAACUCCGGAGAUUGUAAGAUCUUCGGUUGUUGAGAAGUGCGGGUUCCAACCUCGUGGGAACAAUACACAGGUUUAUUCUAUCGAACGAAGUGACCAAUGUCUAAUUGGAACUGCAGAAAUUCCUGUUGGGGGCAUUCAUAUGGACUCUAUUCUCCCAGAUUCUUCAUUGCCCCUGAAAUAUGUUGCCUAUUCUCAUUGUUUCAGAACUGAAGCUGGAGCUGCAGGCAUUGCAACCAGGGGACUCUACCGAGUACAUCAGUUCAGCAAGGUAGAAAUGUUUGUAUUUUGCCGACCAGAGGAGAGUAACUUAUUUCUUGAAGAACUGGUCAAGAUUGAAGAAGAUCUCUUUGCAUCCCUAGGUUUUCAUUUUAAGACAUUGGAUAUGGCAACAAGUGACUUGGGUGCACCAGCCUAUCGCAAGUUUGACGUGGAAGCAUGGAUGCCAGGCUUGGAAAGAUACGGAGAGAUAUCUAGUGCAUCAAAUUGCACAGACUAUCAAAGCAGGAGAUUGGGCAUUCGAUAUCGCCGAGCUCCGUCUGGUUCAUCAAUGGCUGCCACAAAGAAGGGCAAGGGAAAGGAAGGAGCUUCUUCGCCAACUCAAUUUGUGCACACGCUGAAUGCCACUGCUUGUGCGGUUCCUCGCAUGAUUAUAUGCUUAUUGCAGGAAGAUGGCUCUGUUAUUAUUCCAGUGAAGCUGAGGCCUUUCAUGGGAGGUCUAACUGCAAUUACUCCCAAAUUUAAGAGAUGAUGUUUUACAGAUCUACCCUGCAUUGGUAUUGUUGUAUAAUUCUGACUUUUAGCUUUUUCAAUCAGAAUUUUCUCUUAAACAAGUUAUAUAUUUCAUUUCACGUACUGCAAAUAUGCCUGAAAUGUUUUUAUUGGAUCAUUUCCCGCUGUUCCCAGAUUGUAAUUUUCUUAUUACGUAGGGGUCUUUUAGUUGUUGUGCCAAUUUCAUACUGGCCACCCGAAACUUCCUAUUUACAA